AUGCCUCUCUACCUCGUCCAACCCUUCCUCUCACCCAACCCUUCCACCGCCACCUCCGCCUCCCACCCCAACACCCCCUUCGCACGGCUCUCUCUCCAACAACAAUCCUCCGCGUUCGCCCGCUUCUUCCCCGAACGAUCCUCCUUCCCCAUCACCCCCGUCAUCCCCUCCCCCCGACACCACCACCACCACCACCACCAACAUCAACCCCCCAACCCGCUCAUCCACUUCCUUCACAAACUGCUCCUCUUCCUCGCCCAUCCACCCACCCAUCGCAUCGCAUCCACACCCACAGCGUGUAUAUCAGAAGAAAAACAGAAACCCAAGCAGAACAAGAAGAAGACGAGCAUAAAAACAACGCAAAUAGUGGCCAGACUGAUGGGCGCCUUCAACAAACGAACCCCUCAGCAACCCAAGCUCCUGACCCAAGCAGAGAAGACGGUCGUCCUGAGCGACCACUACUGUUGCUUCGCCAUCCCACUCUACAACACCGGCAUCUACUCCAUCCUCGCCCAGUUCUUUGGUGUAUAUAAAGAAAAACCAGCAAUCUUUAAGAAGUAUUUUAUAGGAAACGUGGGCCUCUUGGCGCUCACGUUCGGAUACAGUCUGGUGUUGCUGAUCAUCUCCUCGACCAAGCAUGCGACGGCGAUCGACCAAUGUCUUCUCCAAUUCGUCUCCAACGAGGAGUUUGUGGAUGGCCCGUCGAGCACCUCUAGGCAGGUGUGCUCGGUGUGGACGUACGCCCAGUUGGCCGUCUGUUUCUUCGUCUGGUUCCUGUUCUUCUUCUCCCAGCUAUACUUCUGCUAUAUGGUGAAGAUCUGGGGACAGGACCAGAAGCUAGACCACAUCCGGUACCAAUCGUUAAUCUCAGCGGUCCGCCAAUCACGCGCGACGUCUUCGAUGGUCCAUCCGGGCCAACUGGAGGGCGGGGACGAGUGGGAGAGCCGGUCGACGGGCGGCUCGCUGGACAUCCGCUCGUCGAUGGCGAGCGGCGGCCAACGGGCCAAGCCGCUGGCCAACGGGGGCAGCCGGCUGAAGAACGAGAUCGAGUGGAAAGAGCUCCCCAAUGCCCACCCGCUCGACCCCUCCGCCGCCGCCUCAUCCGAACCGGGCCCCGGCAUCGACAAGCAGAAGUCGAGGGAGUUUGGCCAGUCCGACUUCAGACCUGUCCCGCCCUCCGCCGGCUCAUCCACUCUCAUCCCCCCCUCCUCCCCCGCCGCCCACCAUUCUCCCCCGGAACCCAUACCCUCCGACCAGCUCCUCGCUCAGAGAGACCCCACCGUCUCCGGCCACUGGAUCGAGGUCAUCGACCAUCCCUUCCCCCUACCCCCCUCCGACCCUUCCCAUAAGCACUCCCCCACCGACGAUCAGGAGUUCUAUAAAUCUUAA